AGAAGAAGAAGUAGAAGAGAAAGAAGAAGAAGAAGAAGAAGGAGAAGAGAAAGAAGAAGAAGAAGGAGAAGAGAAAGAAGGAGAAACAGGAGAAACAGGAGAAACAGGAGAAACAGGAGAAGAAGGUUGCUCCCUCCCUCAGCAGCAGGAGCAGGAUGGACAUGAGCAGCAGGCUGCAGGUGUGGCAGCAGCUGGCUCAGAGCUGCGGGCUGAGCACGGCCCAGCAGGGCCUGCAGCAGGUCUGGAGGCUGCUGCUGCUCUGCCUCGUCUGCAGACUCUGCUUCAGAUUCGGAGGCGUGUCCACCGUGAAGCAUGUAGUGUCUGUGUUGGCUGGGACAUAUGGCCUCUUCCUCUUCUUCGAGUUCCACAUGCUGUGGGUGCUGCUGCUCUCCGCUCUCUGUUACCUCGCUCUGCUGCUCAGCCAACACUCCGGCACCAGAGGCCCCUUCGUCUCUGUUGUCAUCCUCAUCUACCUCCUUAUUGGAGAGUUGCAGUUAAUUGACGUGGUGACCUGGCACAAGAUAAGAGGCUCUCAGAUGGUGGUGGCCAUGAAGGUCAUCUCUCUGGCCUUUGACCUGGACAGGGGAGCGGUGAGCAGCCUACCAUCCCCAGCUGAGUUCCUGGGCUACCUUCUCUUCAUUGGCACCGUUGUCUUUGGUCCUUGGAUCAGCUUCUCCAGCUACAGGAGUGCCGUCGAAGGCAGAAAACUGAGCUGGAUGUGGCUGCAGAGUUCCUUCAUCAGCCUCCUGAAGAGUCAGAUCUGUUUGCUGGUCUCCACCUGCAUUGCCCCUUACCUCUUCCCUUUGUUCAUACCCAUCUAUGGAAACACAGUUACAGAGAAGUGGCUCAAUGCUUACGAGAAUGCAGUGUCCUUCCACUUCAGUAAUUACUUUGUGGGUCACCUCAGUGAAGGCAGCAGCAAACUGGCUGGGGCCGGCUUCACUGAAGACAAAGACAACAUCAGAUGGGACAUGAGUGUGGUGAACCCUCUCGGUGUGGAGAUGCCUCGUUCCAUGGUGUUGGUGGUGACGUCUUGGAACAUCCCCAUGUCCCGAUGGUUGAAAACCUAUGUCUUUAAAAGUGCAGUGAAGCUGGGGACGUUUCCAGCCAUCCUGGUGACGUACACGGCCAGCGCCUUACUGCAUGGUCUGAGCUUUCACCUGGGAGCGGUUCUGCUCUCUUUAGGAUUCAUCACAUAUGUUGAACAUGUUCUGAGAAAGAAGCUUGCGUCCAUCUUCAGCGCCUGUGUCCUGUCCAGACCCUGUAACCCCGGCUGCAGCCAUCAGCACAAGAAGGAGUAUUGGGUGGUGGCGUUGAACCUGGUUUUCAGCUUGCUGGCAGUCUUCCACCUCACCUACCUCGGCUCCAUGUUUGACCCCGGAGUUGACGAACAUGAAGUGGAAGAGGGCUACGCAGCCAUCCACACCAUCCAGAGGUGGUCCGACCUGAGCUGGGCGAGCCACUGGGUGGUUUUUGCCUGUUGGGUCUUCUACCGUUUGAUUCAGUGACACGGCAGCUGAUGAGAAGGCUGUUGGGCGGGGGGGACGACUGCCUCUGUGCUCACGUGCUGCUCCCAGAUGAAUGAUACUGAAUAAACAAACAUCCUCAGACCUGAAUGGAAGUGAAGACUUACUGACAGUAAACUGAACAAGCCCCGAGCAUCGUGUGUUCAAGGACCAUUUCAAGAUUCUCCAUGAAAUAAACUGCAGACAGAAAACACUUUAACUUGGCAUUACGUUUGACCUGCAGACAGCUGUUUUACCUGUGGACAGUUGUUUGACUGUAGACAACAGCUGUUUGACCUGUAGACAACAGCUGUUUACCUGUGGACAGAUGUUUGACCCGCAGACAGCUGUUUGACCCGCAGACAGCUGUUUGACCCGCAGACAGCUGUUUGACCCGCAGACAGCUGUUUGACCUGCAGACAGCUGUUUGACCCGUAGACAGAUGAUUGACACGUGGCCAGCUGUUUGACACGCAGACAGAUGUUUGACCCGCAGAGAGCUGUUUGACCAGCAGACAGCUGUUUGACACGUGGACAACUGUUUGACCAGCAGACAGCUGUUUGACCCGCAGACAGCUGUUUGACCAGCAGACAGAUGUUUGACACGUGGACAACUGUUUGACCAGCAGACAGCUGUUUGACCCGCAGACAGCUGUUUGACACGUGGACAACUGUUUGACCAGCAGACAGCUGUUUGACCCGCAGACAGCUGUUUGACCAGCAGACAGAUGUUUGACCCGCAGAGAGCUGUUUGACCAGCAGACAGCUGUUUGACACAUGGACAACUGUUUGACCAGCAGACAGCUGUUUGACCCGCAGACAGGUGUUUGACCAGCAGACAGAUGUUUGACACGUGGACAACUGUUUGACACGUAGACAGAUGUUUGACCCGCAGACAGCUGUUUGACCCGCAGAGAGCUGUUUGACCAGCAGACAGCUGUUUGACACGUGGACAACUGUUUGACCAGCAGACAGCUGUUUGACCCGCAGACAGCUGUUUGACCCGCAGAGAGCUGUUUGACCCGCAGACAGCUGUUUGACCCGCAGAGAGCCGUUUGACCCGCAGAUAGCCGUUUGACCCGCAGACAGCCGUUUGACCCGCAGACAGCCGUUUGACCCGUAGACAGAUGUUUACCCCGUUUGACCCGCAGACAGCUGUUUGACCCACAGACAGCUGUUUGACCCGCAGAGAGCUGUUUGACCCGCAAACAGCUGUUUGACCCGCAGAGAGCCGUUUGACCCGCAGACAGACGUUUGACCCGCAGACAGAUGUUUACCCCGUUUGACCCGUAGACAGCCGUUUGACCCGUAGACAGAUGUUUACCCCGUUUGACCCGUAGACAGAUGUUUGCCCCGCAGACAGCUGUUUGACCUCUAGACAGAGGUUUGGUACUGUUGCAUUAGACAAUGUUUAUGUCCAAAAACAUUUCUACAUUUCUACAUACAUGUACAUUUCAUAUUCUUCUGUUACAACUGAAUCUUUUUAUUUUAAGCUGGUCUAUUUUUCUAUUAAAUGUUUCUGUACAUGUAAACAAG